GAGCAGUCAUGUGGAUGGAAAUAGAGAUGUGUAUCCGCUCGGGCUGAAGUUCCGAGAAAGAUGCAGGACGAGGAUGACAACUCUGCAGCUAAUCCGCCCAGAAACUCUCGCGUUUUCUCCGCCAAGUCUGUGGAUGUGGCGGACUGUGAGAGCUCGAGGGAGCAGAGCCCCAAACUCUGCGGCUACCUGAACAAAUUCGCGGGAAAGGGGCCGCUGAAAGGCUUCAGGACGCGCUGGUUCGUGUACGACCCGAGGAAAUGUUACUUAUACUUUUUCAAGACCCCCAAUGACACCCUUCCACUGGGGCACAUCGACAUCGCAGACGCGUGCUUCACCUACGACGUGGAGGGAGAGGAGGGCCAGUUCGAGGUCCACACCGCAGGGAAGGAGUUCCUGCUGAAGGCGCCCAACAAGCAGGUGAUGCACUACUGGCUUCAGCAGCUCCAGCAGAAGCGGUGGGAGUUCAGUAACACGCGAGGAUGCGGAAACAGAGACAGCCUGUUUUCACCCACUGUGCAGUACCCUCACACAGGCCUGGUGGCUAAAGAUGCAGACGCAGUUCUUCUCGAGCAGCCCAAUGAAAACAUGGAGAGCGUCCGCAGUGACUUUGCAGUGGAGGCAGAUGCUAACGGCUUGGUCGGACUGCAGACUGCGCGGAACACGGCGACCCUCAACUUUUCCCUGAAACAGUGGAGCACAGACCUCAGGCACAGCAUGUCGCACUUGCGGCCCAGUCGUGUGGGAGAGAACCGACGCAGUGUGUUUUACACAGCCAGCAAUGAGGAGUGGGAGAUGGUCGACCCGCCUAUGAAAGACACACCAGAGCACAAGCCCCCAGCAGAGAGCCAACGCCGAGAGAGCCCGGCACAUUUUCACAGACAUUCCCUCGGCUCAGCGUUUACGUUCGAUUUCCGGAACCCAUCGCGCAUUAGGCGGCCGUUCGGAUUAAGUAAAACUAGCCGCAGUGGGGAGACGUCGCCGGUGGAGUGUAACGGCAACAAGACCUCGGAGCUGCAGCUGCGCCUGCAGAACCAGCAGGAGGAGCUCCGAGUCAUGCAGGAGGAGCACGUCCGCCUCCAGGAGGAGCUGACCAGUCAGAAGGAGCUGGUCCGGCUCCUCCAGCAGACGCUGCGUAGUUCUCAGUGCGAGCGCUGGCCGGUGGGCGGAUCUGGGCUGGGGGAGAUGGAGGUGGCCGCAGCCGUAGCAGAGCGGGACCAGCAGAUCCAGUCCCUCUGUGGCCACAUGGAGAAGCUGGCCCUGGAGAAGGAAAGCCUGCAGCAGGAGCUGAAGGGCUUGAAGAUUAAAGUUGGGGAGAUUAAUGAUCAGUUAGGCAUGCUGAUGGAGACCAUCCAGGCCAAAGAUGAGGUCAUCAUGAAGUUGUCCCAGCAGAGCCAAGAGGGCGGCACAGAGCUGCCGGAGUGCGGCUCGCCAACUGCCAGAGAACAGCAAGAGGAGAUGGGCAACCUGAGGGACAGUCUUCAGGGAUACAAAUCACAGAAUAAUUUCCUAAACAAAGAAAUUCUUGAGCUGACAGUCUUGCGGAGGAAUGCUGAAGCUAGAGAGAAGGCCUUGGAAGCGAAGUACACCUCUCUAGAAGCUAAGAUGUGUCAGGUGGAGAGUAAGUACCUGGUGCUGCUGCAGGAGGUGAAGACUCCGGUAUGUUCUUCAUCUGAGCAGGGUCCAUCACGAGAUGUCAUAUCCAGACUGCUGGAAGAUGCCCUGUCAGUGGAGAGCUCUGACCAACAGGAGCAUCCCAUUUUCAAACCCCACCCUGUCAGUGAGUAUGACGUGUACGGCUUCAAAACCGUCCCAGAGGAGGAGGAUGAGGAGGAGAAACUUGUAGCCAAAGUGAGAGCUCUGGAGCUGAGGUCCUUCUCACUGACCGAUCAGGAGGUGUCUGUGGGGGUGAAGUGGGAAAACUACCUGGCCAGUACCAUGAACAGAGAGAUGGUCCGCUCUCCAGAACUGAAAGCACUGAUGCGCAGCGGCGUGCCGCACGUGCACCGCAGUAAAGUCUGGAGCUGGUGUGUGAACUUCCACGUGAAGAAGAUCAGGGAGAGCCAGCCUGCAGACUAUUACGAGAAUCUGCUGUGCAUGGCCAGAGACAAGCCUAACCCGGCCUCCAAACAGAUCGAGCUGGAUCUGCUGCGUACUCUCCCCAAUAACAAGCACUAUUCGUCUCCUUCAGCUGAAGGCAUCCAGAAACUCAGGAACGUGCUGCUGGCUUUCGCCUGGAGGAACCCAGAUAUUGGCUACUGCCAGGGGCUCAACAGAUUAGCAGCCAUCGCUCUUCUCUAUCUGGAGCAAGAAGAGGCUUUCUGGUGUCUCAUCACUAUUGUGGAGGUUUUCAUGCCACGGGACUAUUAUACCAAGACACUGCUUGGCUCACAGGUGGACCAGCGUGUGUUUAAGGACCUGAUGAAUGAGAAGCUGCCCAGGCUUCAUGCUCACUUUGAGCAGUAUAAAGUGGACUUCUCUCUCAUCACCUUCAACUGGUUCCUGGUGGUGUUUGUGGACAGUGUGGUCAGUGACAUCCUCUUCAAGAUCUGGGACGCUUUUCUGUAUGAGGGACCCAAGAUAAUAUUUCGAUUUGCUCUUGCACUCUUUAAGUGCAAAGAAGAGGACUUUCUGAAGUUGCAGGACGCCAUGGCUAUUUUUAAGUAUCUGCGAUAUUUCACACAGACAAUCCUGGAUGCAAGGAAGCUGAUGAAUAUGGCCUUUGUGGAUAUGAAUCCCUUCCCCUUGAGGCAGAUCCAGAAUCGGCGCACCUUUCACCUGGAGAAAGUCCGUCUGGAGCUCACCGAGUUGGAGGCCAUUCGUCAGACAUUCUUACGAGAGAGAGAGACAUCUCAAAACGGACGUACACUUAUCAGUGACGAUGAGGAGGACAACUGAAUGGGCACCAAUCAGAUAAUCUGCCAAUCAGCGCCUUAAUUUUACAGUUGCUUUAUACAAUGCAUUUUACAUUUUUUUUCCUUUUUACGUUUAUUGUAAAUGUUAUGGGGAGAAUUUUCUCUUCUGCUCUGAAAACAGUGGCUUGCAUGAACCAAAGAACAUGAAGCAGCCAUUCAUUCCUGAAUUUAUUGUCAUCUUUAGGUCUUUUUUUUUUUUUUUUUUUUUUAACAGUUUUUUUUUUUUUCUUACAAAUCAGUAUUAACAUCCACAUCAGUGUAUUGGCUUUAUGUGUUUGUAUGUGUGUAUGUAUGUACGCAUUCAGGUACCUUCAUACUGUAUCAUGCAGGGCAUGCAGUUCUGGUACACCAGCAUUGCAUGUUGUUUAUUCCAAAUAAGCAGAUAUGGUUUACUGCAAAUUCUUGUAUACAUGGUUCAGAAUAUGUUUAAUGUGCCUUGUUUACUUUUUAUACGGAAUGGCUAAAAUAGCACUGUGUAUUAAGUUGAAUGAAUAAUGUUGUACUUGUGAAAUAUUUCAGGUUUUGCUCAUGCAAAUAUCAUAUCCUUCAUUCAUCUGUCCCUGUUUCUGUAUUCUGAGGCACUUAUAUCACUUUAGAUUAGGGACCUACUCUCUUGGGACAUAUUUUACUUUAGGGAAGCUCACGAUGCUACAGUAUGUAAAACAAGUGGAGCAGUCAGGACUCCUGUCCUCAUGCACAUGAAGUGUCUGAAUGAAGAAAAGUCCUGUCUUCAGUAAUGAGGUGGCACUUAGCUGCUGGAAACAGAUAUUGGACAAUGCAUAUCAUGCAGUCUGUCAGACCCAGCUGCUUAUUUUCUGCUUGAGUGGCAUUCCUUUGUUAGCGAUCUGCUGCAUUUGGACUAGUUUGAGUCCUCGAGUGUCAGGAUUCCACCAUUAUAUCCACUGCUGUUGGUGCCAUGUGUGUUAUCAGCGUGACACCCUGACAUAGCUUUCUAUCAGGACGAUUAAGAUAAUUAACAGUUGUGGCCUAGAAUUUCAGUUUAUUGCUAUGAAUGUGGUCUCAGUUAAAAAAAAAAUAUAUAUAUAUAUAUAUUUUUUUUUCUUUUAUAAAAUUUAUCAAGUUUAAAAUGUGAGUGCAAACUUAUGUUUUGGUACAUUACUCAUGGAAGAAAAGCUGCUGUUGUCACACAAAGACCUGGUUUCUCAAUGUUUAGUGAUAAUUUGAGUCUGGCAGUAAAAUGUUUUCUUUUUUUAUAGUGUUAAAAUUUGAUGUUGAACAGACUAAUAGAAAUGCUUCAAAAUGGUUAGAUCAAGUCUUUUAACAAUUUCUUGAAAUGUAUUGAAAAUAGGCAUCCACCGGCAAAUUAAGUUAUUUGUCAGAAAAAGGCAAAAAAAAAAUCUUUGGAUGUUUGGAAGAAUUGAAAAAUUAGGCUGUUUAAUUUCUGUAAUAUUUUUUUUCGUAAAUAUAUGUACAAAAAAAACAAAAAAAAAUGUAUUUUCUGUGUAGCCCAACAUUUGAUUUUGUUCAGUGAAAAUAAUUAUUGAAAAAAAAAAAAAACACUUUCAGUGUUAGGCCAAAUAAUUCAUUCUGAGCAGUGACCUUUACUUUGAAAAAGAAAGACAAAAGCACAUUUAAAUGCAUUUGUUAAGUUUAUGAAGUGACUAAAAAGUGGCCAAAUAUGUUCAGGUUUCGGCUAAGAAUGUUCAUUUCUGAGCUUUUGAUCAUAUUUUCGAUGUGCAUAAGUUUUUUGUGUGACUGCAACUACAGUAUGUGGUUUUUUUUUUUUAGUUGUUGUGCAGGGAGCAGCAGUACUGUUUGUAAUAAUAAUCUGUAAUCUAACUUUGAUCAUGUGCAAUGCUGAUUAGCAUUCCAUCUAUUAUGCAUGUUUCUUGCUUUCAGAUUAGCUUUUAAUGCUUCAGAAAAUGGAAUUGAAAUGCAAGGGUCCAUUUGAUGAGGGACAUGGAAUGUUAAACAGUUUUGGACUUUAAUUGUGCAAAUUACAUUGCAUUUUGUGACCUGGUGUGUUUAGUUGUAUUGGGAAUACAGCAUUCCCAGUCUAUGUUUGUGUCCAGACACAUCAACAUGUCUUUGUUUACUUUUUAAUUACGGUUUAAUCAUUUUUUCCUUUUUACACCAGAAACCUUCUUUAAAGCCUGUGGAUUUCUGGCUUAUGUACGAACAGUUCUUAUUUACACGUCCCCUCAAUUGACUAAUAAUCCAAAACUGUGAAUUUUCUCAUUGAGAGCUGGUCUUUCAAAUAUGUACAACAAAAAUGUGUUCAGAUCUUAAGUCUAAAUCAAUGUACUUGUGAUUAGUGCUGUAAUACAUACACUUCAUUGCUGCAUUCCCAUCACUGCAAUAUUUACUUUUCUGAAGGGUGUCCCUUUGACAUUUGCUUAAUGCAACUGUAAAUUCUGUAUCUAUGCUUUUGCAUAUCUCUCUAUAUAUGAACUGCAUGCAGAUCUUUGUUUAUUAUGUAACGUAUUUUUUUCAGCAUUAUCUAGCUCUAUUUUUUUCUGCGUUUAAAUGAAUAAGCUAGCAUAUAAAUUUGCAUUGCUCACCAAUGCACCGAUGCAACAUGUAAUGCCUCUAUUCUUGUAUGUCGUACGUCAUUUAUAAAUCAUGUAAUACAUUGAAUUUGACCAAAAUUUUGUACUUGUUCAUGGUGUAAUCAUCAAUCACUUCACUUAAGUGGCAUGAUCGUCCAAUAAAUUGCCUUUGCAUA